AGCAGGAAUUUAAAUUCCCAAAGCAGAACCACCUAUUCAGAAUAGCUCAGAUGCUGUUCUACGUCCAGAUGUUGACAGCUUUGGAACAAUGCAGGACACGCUGAUCGCAGCCGUGCGGUGCCACUGGCUUGGAAGAAGGUUCACCAAAGCAGACGAGUCCUGCCUCUCGCCCUGUGGAUGAUAAAUGCCAGAGUUCACAUCCUUAUUAAAGUGAUACAAUUGGAGUAUUCAAUGGUUUGAAAACACCGCUUCCUCUUUAAGGAGACAUGGUUUGGAAUUUCCUGUGUGGGGCUUCAUGUGCAUGCAGAACUGAAGUCUAUCUGGAUUAUCAUCUUAUUCUAUCAAUUGAAAUUUUUUCCCUUGUGCUAACUUUAGGAGCUGCUGUCUAAAUGGGUCCAGUCAUGCCUCCCAGUAAGAAGCCAGAGGGCUCAGGAAUUAGCGUUCCCAGUGGAUUGAGCCAGCGUUAUCAAGAUAGCGAUUUAUCAAAGGCACUUCAUGAUGAUGAGGACCUAGAUUUCUCUUUGCCUGCCAUCAGAUUAGAUAAAGGGGCCAUGGAAGAUGAAGAACUAACUAAUUUGAACUGGUUACAUGAGAGCAAAAACUUGCUGAAAAGCUUUGGGGACUCGGUGUUAAGGAGCGUUAGCCCUGUUCAGGACAUCGGUGAUGACACGCCGCCGUCUCCUGCCCACUCUGACAUGCCCUACGAUGCCAAGCAGAACCCCAACUGCAAACCUCCUUAUUCCUUUAGCUGCCUCAUAUUUAUGGCCAUUGAGGAUUCGCCAACCAAAAGACUGCCCGUAAAGGAUAUAUACAACUGGAUCUUGGAACACUUCCCAUAUUUUGCAAAUGCACCCACUGGAUGGAAAAAUUCUGUGAGACAUAAUCUAUCCUUGAAUAAGUGUUUUAAGAAAGUGGACAAAGACCGAAGUCAGAGUAUUGGAAAGGGGUCCUUAUGGUGUAUAGACCCAGAAUACAGACAAAAUCUUAUUCAGGCUUUGAAAAAGACACCCUAUCACCCAUAUUCGCAUGUGUUCAAUACACCUCCCACAUCUCCUCAGGCAUAUCAAAGCACAUCAGGUCCACCUAUUUGGCCAGGAAGCACCUUUUUCAAGAGAAAUGGAGCCCUUCUACAAGAUCCUGACAUUGAUGCUGCCACUGCCAUGAUGCUUUUGAAUACUCCCCCUGAGAUACAAGCAGGUUUUCCUUCGGGAGUGAUACAAAAUGGAGCUCGAGUACUGAGCAGAGGAAUAUUUCCUGGAGCCAGGCCAUUGCCAAUCAACCCUAUAGGGAGCAUGGCUGUCGCAGUAAGAACUGGUUGGAAAUCUUUCAAAAUGAAUGGAAUCACAAACUGCCGGAUGCGGACAGAAAGCGAACAGUCCUGCGGCUCUCCAGUUGUUAGCGGUGACCCAAAGGAGGAUCACAACUACAGCAGUGCCAAAUCUUCCAACCACAGGAGCACAUCCCCUGCUAGUGACUCCGUUUCCUCUUCCUCUGCUGACGACCAGUAUGAAUUUGCAACUAAAGGUAGCCAAGACAGCAGUGAAGGAAGUGAAGUUAGCUUCCAGAGCCAUGAGAGCCAUAGUGAAACAGAAGAGGAGGACAAAAAGCAAAGUCGGAAGGAGACCAAGGAUUCUUUAGCUGACAGUGGAUAUGCGUCCCAGCACAAGAAAAGGCAACAUUUAAUGAAGGCGAAAAAAGUACCAAGUGACACACUGCCUCUUAAAAAGAGACGUACAGAAAAGCCCCCUGAAAGUGACGAUGAGGAGAUGAAAGAAGCUGCAGGAUCACUCCUGCAUUUAGCAGGAAUUCGAUCCUGUUUGAACAACAUCACCAAUCGGACGGCAAAGGGGCAGAAAGAGCAAAAGGAAACCACAAAAAAUUAGAACAAAUCAAUGAUUUGUUUGAACUUACAAAGUUUUGUUUCAGCACGUCAGGUGAAUUCUAAUGAUUUGUGGCAAUAUCAGCAAUUUUUUCCUUUUUUGUUUUUCUUCUAUUUCUUUUUGUUUUAUUUCUUUGGGUUGGUUUUUUUUUGGUUUUUUUUUUUGACCCUUAAGAUUUUUAUUUUUAAAGGAGAUUGAAGCCAUAGAACUCAUACUGACACUCAGCUAAUUUACAAAAGCUUUUCAUUACCUGAAGACAAAAAGUUAACAAAAAAGAAAAGCCAAAAUCACCAUUGCUUUCUCCAGCUUGUCAAAAAUGCAUGGUUGAAUACGCAGUGAUACCAACAUUAAUGUGAUGGGAGUAAAAUUGGGCAUGUGGAAAUCCCUCUUAUGGUAGAAGAGCUGUGCAUAAUUUAGUAUUCAUUCAGGCCUGGCCCUUAAGAUUUUUUUUAAUGGCCUUACAAUUGGGUUAGAAGUGAAUGUGAAUAAAGAAAUUUGUGGGAAAGAGGAGGCACGUACUUCUCAACCAAGAAGUAUUUAGUGGCACUUGGAGAUGUUGUGCCAUACAAGUCUUUAGACAGCCACUGGUGGCAACUGUGCAAGCAGUAAUGCACUUCUAGUGUGUCACGUAUUCUAUGUGGCUCAUAAUGUGAAGACUGAUAACUCUUAAAUUUGAGAAAAUUUAAACUGUGUAUGCAAUGGGUUUCAGUGAAACAGUGAAAUGGGAGGGGAUGACUAUUAGUAGCAUUGUUAACCAUUGAAUUCUGUCUUCUAUACUAAAUUGAAAGAAUGUUCAAAAAGCCAUAAGCCUGAAGAUUGGCACUGCGUGCAAAAAAUAAUAGGGAAAAACAAACUAUGUCUUCUAAACUGCCUGAGUGAAAAAUCAAGUCUAAGAAAUUACAGUAGAUACAAAGUACAUCAGAAUCUUUCUCUGUGGAUCACAUCCUUGAUCUAACAGGGGAAACAAAGCUACAAAACCUGCCAUUAGUAGUAUUCUGUAUUUAAAAAUAGAAGAAAAGUGUAUUGGUGAACAGUAAAAUUCAGAAGUUCAACAAAAGAGCUCCUGCACUGCCCUCAGAAAUGAGUGUGCAGUGACCAUCAGUCAGGAUUCAUCUGUGCAAAAAUGACAACAAAUUUCCAGAUUCAACCAGCAUAGCCAGCAGAAGAAAUUUGAUCCACAUUGCAUGGAUUCUUUAGGGAAGGGGGGAAAACAAAAAGCAAACAAUUUUUUUAAUUCAAAGAUGACAAAGUUCUUGUAAGGUAAAUAAUGUAUUUAGCAUGAAGCAUGAAUUAUUUUCAUAUAAAUAUAGAAAAUAGAGAAAAAGGCUAUGCCUCUAAUUUUUAAGCCCUUAGGCUUAGAGUUUGUUUUUUUGGGGGUUUUCUUUUUUUUUGUUUUGUUUUUGUUUUGGUUCUUUUUUGUUAUUGUUGGGGUUUUUUUGAAGCAGGUGUUUAAGGUUUAACCUUCUUCAGGGACAAACACUGACUGUUGGGGAACUUACUCUGCAAUAUUAAAAAUAAAAUCUUCAUGCUCUGGUAGGGCUUGGAUGGUUGAAUUAUACUGCCUUGUCUGCACAUUCAGCCCCCCUCUCCCUACUUCUGUUUAAAAAAAGAAAAAAAAAAAAAA